GAAAAAAAAUUCUGCCAAAGAAGGCCUGGUUUAGCAGUUGUUGUUUUAACACUUUCCAAGAGAAAACAUUAUCUGGUGCAGUUCUUUCUCCAAGUCUUUGACUUUACAUUGCCUGAGCUCCUUUCCCCUUAUAAAAAUUGCUCUGGGAAAGCCUGUGAAAGCAGUUUGUGUGGUCAGUGAGAUAUUCAGUGCCAUAUUGUUAAAUGGCAAAGCCAGAAGAUUUCACCAUUUUUGUUUCUCAUGUGGUUUUGGUCCUGGCUCCUUUCCCUUGUGCCAUAAAUAAAGGUGAUCUGUGCUAGGAACAGGCAUCAUCUCAAGCAGGCAGCUAAUCACACUUCAACAGCAUCAGCAUGCUCACUUAUCAGGCAGAACCAUCCCACCUCCCAUCAUGCUUUAUCUGCUUAUGAAGAAAAUGCCUUUCAUAAUUGUGAUUGAGAAGCCAAAAUGACUCAGAGUUUGGAGGUGUCAAUAAGAACAUAUUAUGCAGCCAAACUCCCCCAUGUCUCAUGUGCAAAUGGAUCACUCUGCUUUUGCCUUAGAGGCAAAACCCUUGGAGGGUUUUGUUCAUGAUGGGCUUCCCCUGGUGUCCUGAAGUUUAUUAACUUGAAGAGAAUUGCAGAGUUGGGAUGUCCUUUGUGAGAACAGGCUACAGUCAUUCCUCCCAUUUUGGUUGGAAACUCCCUCCUUAUCUCUGGUAUAAAAAGAAGCAGUCCAAGCAGGGCUGAAUAAGGAGGCAGGGCUCCAUCUCCUCUAGAUUACACUUUAAUAAGGGGUAUCAGUUACCCUCUGCUGCCACCAAAUCCAGAUUUCCUAGAUAGUCUCAGUGCAAUAUUGCAUCAUUCAUGAGUUCCAUAAGUCAAACUUCUUCAAAUUAGAAUUAUUUGUUAUUAUUUGGGUUACUGAAUUUCUUGAACAAGUUGACUGCUUGGUGCUUCCAGCCAUAAUAGUUGAAGUGAUUAUCAUCACUGAUAUUUUGGGGUGAAGGUGUUAUAUAUUACAAACUAUUAAUUUACUUUCUUCCUUUAUGGAAUUUAUGGAGAAAUAUUUAGUGUAUAAACUAAAGCUAAAUUAAGCAUAUGUAUGUGACAACUACAGAGCACUGUUCACAUGUAGUAGCUGGAGCUUGUUUUGUGCCUCAUGCUGAAGGCUUCACAACAGCACUCUAACAAAGGUUGUGAGAGUCAUUUUUUCCCCUCUGGUACCCAUGUUCUGUGGCUGCAUCUGCAGCCUUUGAGUUAUGACUGUUGUAUUUCAGCUGCACUCUCUGAACUCUCUGGGCGAUGGAGCUGUCCAAUUUUGACUCUUUUAGUAGUUGAACUGUUCUCUUGCAGGUGAGGUGCCAAAUGUAAGCCCUUAACACCAUUCAUCUAAGUCUUCAAGAUCCUUUACUGUAAAUACUGAUUUUAUAAAAGCUUACUGUGUUCUCUGGAAUUUUAGAGAUUUUAGAGAUUACAAAAGGACAUAUUUAUAGCAGCACAAACCCAAGUAUGUGACAGCAUUCAGAGGAAUAGAUGAAAAUAAUUGUUUCCACUUCUUCCCUUUUCAUUAGAAGUCUUUGUAUUUCUGACUUUAUUUUUUGUCUUGCAUUGUUGUAAACUUCUUCAUUCAUGGCUAAUUUGUAGAAUGCUUUCCUGUUUGUGCAGGUGUGCACAAAGCUGGAUUGUGCUUUACCCUCAUGAGGUUGCAGUAGCUGUUUAACACUCUCACAAAAUUUCAUAGUAUAAAGUUCCAGUUUUAAAGUCUCCAGUGCUACCAAUUCCUGUCAUGAAUCCGAUGAUCCUAGGGGGUCUUUUCCAACCUAAGUGAUUCCAUGAUUCUUAGCCUUUAAAAAUACUCAUCUGAGACUCAGGUUUGUACUUUUCCAUCUGUGAGGUAUCUUCUCUCUGACCUCCAUUGGUUAAAUCCAGAGCUUUUCAUGGAACUUCUGUUCUCAGAAAGGACACAAUGGGUGGCAGAGUCUCCCUCAGCUCCUUCCAGCUGGAGUUGAAUUCAAGGAAAAUGUGUGACAGGUGAUAGGAGAGGUAAGAGUGGGGUGCAAAGAAUCCUCCCACAAUUGUGAAACUGAGGCAGUGCUCAGGACUGAACCUGUAGCAAUUCUGCAAAACAGCACUCUGGAGGAACCUCACCUGGAUUAGCAUCUCACUGCUGCUUUGUCCAUAAAUUCUAGCUCAAUGUGCCUCUGCUGCAAUGCAGGUACAGUUCGUGCCUCACUGAAGAUCUUGGAUUUGAGACUUGUUUUGAUGGCAAGUUGGUUCAAGUUUGAACAACCUGUGCCUUCCACAAAAGAGUAAGAGCCUCGCCUUCAGAAUUUUAAAACUCUUGUCAUUUUUAAGAUUUAGUUUAUUUAUCUUCAGUAAUUGUGCUUGGAUUUAUCAAUGCUGAUAUUUUGUUUCUGAUAACAGACAUGAACCAAGUGAGGAUGAUAACAUCAGAUAAAGUAGGUAGAAGAGGAUUCUCUUGUGUGUAGGAAACACUUUGUGAAUCACAACACUGAGGCCAGGUGUGUCACAGUUACAAUUGGCCAUGGGCAAAAUCUUCAUAUAAUAACAUUUUUAUUCAUGCUUUUGGCAUGAUUCCCAUGGAUUAGUAAUAUCUUCUUUCCUUGUCUUUCUGUGUGAAAGCAGUUUUUCCCCCUACCUGUAUCUGCCCAUUGACAUAUGUACAUAUGUAAACAUUUCUUACACUCCUUUCUGAUUCAGAGGAAUGCUGACACCUUUCUGAUGAGCCCUUCCAGUCUCCACUGCCCACUUUGGAUUUUCUCAGCUGGGCAUCUUUGGGGAGAAAACCUUUUUGUCAUUCUCCAGAGGAAUCCUGUAUCAGCCUCUACAACACAGUUGUCAGCUGUCCUUUGUUGUGGUGCCUGUAAAGUGGUAUUUGAUGGGGUGUAGCCUACGUGUGCUCCAAGAGCACUUCCCAUCAGGGUGAUUGAUCCCUGUGUAUUUGAGCACAGGACUGAGAGCCACCAUCCAGGAGUUCUCAGCUGGGAUUUUUCACUACACAGAGGAUGAUCUCUGCUUCAGUUCACUGAUGUGUUCUGUGGGAAUGGUAUUUACAUCUUGGAGCAUUUAUGACAGAUAAAUAUUCUGGUGGAAAGAAGUGCCAUUGAAAGAGAGAUUGUGCCAGCAGAGUUUUUCUUCAAAAUACCUUUCUUCUCUAUUUUCUGCUGUAGAGUCUGGUAUCUAGAGAUACUUCAUUCUUUCCCACUUUUCCAAAUGUAGUUGGGUGCCUCAUUUGCCAUUUCCAAUGUAACUGUGUGGACAGAAGACUAAGGAUGAAUCAGUUACCAGCAGUUAAACAUAUGAAGGGAAAAUUGUACUCCUAAGGAUACAAACAUAUUCCACAUAGAUUUUUUUAUUUUGUUUGAAUUUUACUAGUUAAGUUUGAUUAGUAUCUACUGAUUUGCCUCAGUACUUCCUGUGGUCCAGUUUUAAUGGCUGCUUGGAAAACCCCCCACCUGUCUCUCUGCUACAGUCACUGAGUGACUUUCUCUGGAACCAUCUCUCAUUUUCGAGUUGCAUUAUUUUAUCAAAUGUAAUGGUAAGUGACUCUUCUUUGUAACUGUUUAUAAUGGUGAGAACUUUUAAACUUUGAACUUUUAAAUGACAUUGAAAUUCUUAUUUUACCAGCAUGAAGAUGUGUUUGAUGUGAUCUUUUACUUACUUUAAAAAUAAAAACCCAGUUUGAAGGAAGCAAAAAUUACUCCUAGGGUCUUUUAAAUCCUAGCUUCAGUCCAUAAAUUUGACUGUAGGCUUAAAUUGAAAAAACGUAAUAUUUAACAGGUAACAUAAAAUCCUUAAGAAUUGGAUGUGCUCUCUGCUUUAAAAUGUUAGAACUCAGAAAAAGGGAAUCAAACCCACAUAUGAGCUCAUCGUUAAAAGUAACUGAGAACUAAAAGCCUCCUUGGAUACUUGUGUGUAUCCUUUUAAAGUUGAUAGAAACUGUCUGAGAACUUUCCUGAAAGCAUGUGCCUGGAAUAGCUCUUAGGCAUGAGCUAUUUAAUGACAUUCCAGCCCAUUAGAAUAGAACUCCUGUAACCUGGAACACCUUUAUGCUGUUUCAGAACACUGUCAAUAUGUUUACAGAAUUUUUUUGCCCCUCAGUGUGGUUCAGUGGUGAGCAAAAUCAGCUCCCUUUGCAGCCCAUAUUUCAGCUCAGUUCCUGGAGACUUUUGUUCACUGCUGAGGUCCUGUCCUGGAUUCCAUCCCUAACACAUAGAGGAAAACUCUACCACAUUGUAGAGAAUGGGUUAAGAAUUAUAAAUGGUUAUUAAUUUUAAUAACUGCGUUUGAAUCUGCCCAUAUAUGUAGAUAUAAAUAUAAAAAUCCCAGAAAUCCCAGGGACAAGACACAGAACCUGUCUGCCAUCUGACAUUUUUGACAAGCUCUCCAGAAUUAAUCUGUCUAGGAUCUACAAUGCUCAGCUUAAUUAUGGAAAGGCUGCAUCUGUGUUCAAAGCUGUUGAGAGAGAAAGAAGAAAGUAAAAAUGUCCACUAGGUUUGAUUAACUGCUUUCAGCCUGAUGAAUAAAGACAGAUGGUUACUGGUUAUUUUUCCUUAAUGGAUUUUGGAGCUCCAUUUGGUGGAUGAAUUAAUGUUAUAGGUCCCAAAUCUGCCUUUGAAGCUACGCCUGCCUACCCCUUAGCGAUUCCAGCAAAGUUUGCGUGCCUCCAAGAGAGACGUUUGCCCUGAGGCUGUCGUAUAUAUUGUUAAAAACAGUUUUGAAAUUAAAAAAUAAAAGUGAAGCGAUAAUUUACAGUAUUAAUAACAAGUUACGAGCUCUGCACAGCUCAGGAAGGGAUCCCUUACCAGGGGUGGUUAUUUUGAAGUCCCUCUGCAGACUUAUCCCCAUCGAAUUUGUACCUCUUUGGGAAUGACCUCCAGCUGGAGCCUGACAAUAUUUUAAUACUGACUUUAAAACUUGGAGAAGUUCAUUUAAAGUUGCACUUGCUAGUUGUGUCACCUGCAAAGUAGAAAUAAAUGGUUUUAUGAUGUAGGUUCAUUUGCAUGAAUCGAUUAUCAUAUCUCAAAUCCAGGUGGGAAAAGCCUUUAAGGCAGGCUCUAAUUCUGCAGGUGUGCAUGUUUAAAAACAUGGUUGUGAGUAUUUCUUUCUUUACUUUCAUGUGAAUAUCUGUGUUUAUUUUUAGCAAUGUGCAUAAGUGUCUGUGAGUUUGGGCUCUUGGGGAAUGUUUUGGCCUAAUGGGUCUCAGGACUGUCAUUCAGCAACCUAUUAAAUCGUCUGUAUAGUUUUAUGAUUGGAUAGUCAUGGUGAUUUUAAUGGGAUUAAAUUUGCUUACAUCCAAGCAGUUUUUGAGUCAGGGUAAAGGUUACUGCAUGAUAAAAAAUAUUUAAGAUGGACAAUAUAAUAAAGGGAAGCAAACCAACAAAAAAUUACCUCGAAUACAAAGAUUUUCCACAGCCAGUGGAUUGCCCAGAGAAAAAACACCAUUUAACUAAAAUGCUGCCUGCCACAGAACCAUCAAAGGCCCACCAGUUCCUGAAAGGGACCUUGAGAUGUCAUUUGUCCCCCCUGCUCCAUGGCAGGAUCAUCUGUCACCAAGGCAUUCCUGACAAUUGUAACCAUUUACAAGCAGCUCAAAAGUGGCUGAAAAACGCCAGGAAUGGGAACGUCCUUCAGAUCUCAGCACCGAAGGGGAAAUCGGGGACAUCCGGGACAUAGCAUUCAAUCACAACCAUAAUGAAAAACCUCCCUACAGAACCUGAAAAUGCAGAGCCCUGACCCAAGGCACAAAAGAACAGGAAGCACCAACAGCAGGAGCUCUCAGGAGCCACAGCUGAAAAAAGCCUGAAUCAGCAGACAAAACAGAUAAAAUAGUAAAUUGACAUGUUCUGUGGGAAAUUAUAACCCAAAAUGAAAAACAAAUCUGUGACUAGCAGAGAAAGCUGAAACAGAGAUUGGAUGUGUAGGAAAAGAGCUUCAUGCUUCUAGACAGUGUAAUUGAUGUUCCACUUGGGACAGAUUAUCAGUGGUAUCCAGUGGGGACAGCAGCUGUUGGAUACGACACGUGGUUCUUCUGGCUGAAGGGAAAAUGCUGAAAGGAAAAAAUACUGACUAGUAAAUUGUUGGAAAUAAUGAGCAAAGAAAGCUCAUGGGAAAAGUGGCCAAAGAAUUGAAAAUCAAUGCAGGAUGAGGUAACAGAGACAUGCCUGAAAACCUCAUGGUUGAACGGGAAGUUUUUACUAUGCUGGAAAGUCACAGAGGCUUAAAAAAAUUAAAUACAUCAGGAAAAUCUCUGAACUCAAAAGGGAGCCAUGAAAAGCAAAGACAGAAGAGAGCUCAUCACCAAGGCAGAACCAAGGAAGAGCUUGGUGGUGUAUUUCAAAGAAGUUGUGACCACGCUCAGCUUCACCACAUUUCAAAGGAACUGGGGAACCUGAACCUUUCCUCUGCUCUUUUUUUUUUUUUGUGUUAAGAACAGCAACCAAAAGCACAGGCUGCAUCCAUCAUGCUGAAAAACACAGAGCCAGCACAGUAUGACAGGACAAGAGCUUCAAGAAAUGGGGAGGAACUAAGUGAAUGUCUUUCAAUAAGUGAUUUAACCUCCAGAAUGGGAGUGUGGAGGCAACAAUUUGAGGUCUAUGAUAAAGGUCCUGCACACUGGAGGGGUGUUCUUGCUUUGUCCUGGGGACAGUGUUCUUCAGGGAUACUACAGCAGGUGAAAGGUGCUGUGACUGGAGGAUUUGAAGGAAGGCAAGCUGAAUUUUUAGAGACUGGCUGUUCAUGUUGCUGAUUACCAUGGAGUGAUUGUUCUCCAGGAAAGCCAUCUUCUUUUGCCAUUGAGGAAUUGACUUUCCAGAGUCACCACAUAUCAUGAAGAGAUUUAAAUGGUAGGGCACAUGUGAGAUCUGCAAAGUCCCCAGGAGAAACAUCAGGAACAGGCACAGAGAUCAGAGUGCUCAGUGAGGGUGAGCAAUGGCACAGCUGCCAGGAGGAUGCUCAGGAUCAUUUCUCUGCUGCUGUUUGCCACUGGCAUGGACUGACUCUGGAAUCAGGGUCCAGACUUUAGUACAGGCUCUGCAGUUUGCCAUGGUAUCAAGGGACAAUUAUUGUGUGAUGGCUUUGCAAAGCCAUCCUCUUCUCAUGGAAGAAAGAACUGUCCUGGCAAGCUUAUCAAUUAACUAAAAUCCAUUCUUGCAACACAGAUGUCUUGGUGAUGCAAAUUCCUGACAAUUUGGAGGAGCCUUCCUUUUUCCAGGAAACUAUAAGAAGAAGGAUGGAGGUGACCACUUCUGCCCCUCAUCCCACUAUGGAAAAGCUCCAUCUCACUGUACCCUCAAGUGUGAGAGCUCAUGCUCUAAAUGCCAGCACAUUUGUGAUCAUCUAACUCGUGUGCCAAAGACCAGUGAUGGAGAGAGCAGAAUUCCCCAGGAAAAUAUUUAAAAGACACCUUAAUGGACAGCAAGGAGGAUGGGUGAAUGACUGUUCACAAGAGUAAUGAAUGAUGAGCGGACCUUGAGGGUGAUGUUCCUUUAAGAAAGUCACUUCAUCUCUGAUGUAAACUACCUACAGAGGAAAGUGUACUUUAAAGACAUAAAAAGAAUAUAGCAGUUAAUCUUUUCCUGGAGCCAGCGCUUGCUACAUCAUGUCCAUUCCCAGCGCUGUCAAUCAUUAUCCAGCCAGCACAUUGUUCAGAAGGUGGAGCUGUCAGGCAGAAGGAAUGAAAGGAAGUGACACUGGGAUUGGACAUGCACUGGCUAAAUACCUGGACAGCUUGGGUUUUGUUGUGUUUGCUGGGGUUCUGAACAAGGACGGCCCUGGGGCGGAGGAGCUGCGGCGCUCCUGUUCCCAGAGACUCUCUGUCCUGCAGCUGGAUAUCACCAACACCACUCAGGUCAAGGAGGCCUAUCUGAGAGUCUCAGAGAAGGUGCAAAAUGCAGGACUCUGGGGUGUUGUGAACAACGCAGGAAUCCUGGGCUUCCCUGCUGAUGGGGAGCUGCUCCCCAUGAGCACCUACAGGCACUGCAUGGAGGUGAAUUUCUUUGGGGCUGUGGAGGUGUCCAAGACCUUCUUGCCGUUGCUCCGGAAAUCGCGGGGGAGGCUGGUGAACAUGUCCAGCAUGGCAGGAGGCAUUCCACUACCGAGGUAUGCUGCAUACGGGGCAUCCAAAGCAGCUCUGUCCAUGUUUUCUGGAGUAAUGAGGCAAGAGCUUUCCAAAUGGGGCAUUAAAGUCACGGCAAUUCAUCCAUCAGGCUUCAGAACAGGUAUCGAAGGCACGGCUGAGCAGUGGGAUAAACAAGAGAAGGAGCUGAUGGAGAACCUCCCUGCAGACACCAGGCAGGCCUAUGGAGAGGAGUAUCUCCUGGGGCUGAGGAAUUACCUCCUCCACCUGCCUUCCCACUGUGCCCCCGACCUGUCCCCCGUGCUGGGCGCUGUCCUGCAGGCCCUGCUGGCCAGGAGACCCCAGGGCCUUUACACCCCUGGCAAGGGGGCUUAUAUCCCCCUCUGCAUCUUCUGCUGCUUCCCCCUCUGGUUCUAUGACUUCUUCAUCAGCAGGAUGCUGAGUGCUGGCUCUGUUCCACGGGAGCUGAGAGCAUCAGGAGAUGAAGGCAAGAACCUCUGAGGUGUCCACUGGUGUUUAUCUCCCUGGAUGAUGUAGCUGGGAAGAGCUCUGUAUGGACACUGCUACUUAAUGUGCUUUGUUAAGUUGCAUUGACACUGCCCUGCAAAGAGGGAAAUCUUUGUGUUGAGGAUAAUGUUUGUGGAAAAAGCAGUGGAUAAACAUAAACAGAAGGCUAUUCCAAGAUGGGGCAUUUUUUGAGGAAUUUCAGUGUUUUCCUGUUGUCUUUGUGUCCUGCUUUCUGUGUAAGGUACCUCAUGAAAUUAUAUAGUUCCUGUCUGCUUCUAAUGGCAUCUCCAACACAGAGAUGCAGAACAUGUUUUGUUAAAGCAAAACAAAAACCCCUAGAGAGCCACCAACCUUAAAUCUUGUAAGAAGUUAAAUAUAUUCCUAUUGUUGAAGAGACUUAGAACUGUGUAAUGCAAGUCUUUUUCUCUACAGCUUCAGCCUAAUAUAUUUGGGUCUGGUGUUUUCAUUCUGUUGCUGUUGAACCAGAGAAAUGAUUGUCCUUUCCCCCUAAGUUUUGUAAUGUAGUGUUUUAAAGUUUGUAAUUUAUUCUCUUUGCUAGAAUAAGCAACAGAAAUUAUUUGGGGUGGGGGAGGGGGGAAAUGAAUGCAAACAGAUCAAGAUCUUUAUGAAGAGGGAAUAAUUUCCUUCCUACAGUAAUAAAAAUAGUCCUAGUGGGUGUAUCAGCUGCUAAUUUGGUCUGUCUGAGUCAUUCUGUGCAUUGCCUGUAUAUUCUUGUGUUUAUCUAAUUGUUAGUAAACUCUGAUGUCACUUC